AUGGAAAAGCGUGAUGAUGAUGAUACAGACGAUGAUGAAGAAAUGGAUGGAAGUGCCGAAGAAUUAGAUUCAACAACUUAUGAUGAUGCAACAGUAUGGUCAUUACAAAAUGCAAUCGAAGUAAUAUUUAAGAAAUUUCUCGACAAAUCAUUAACAGUAAACUGGUGGCAAUGUGGUCUUGAUUUAAAAUUAAACACAUGGAAGAACCAGUUAUUCAGUCGACAUAAUUAUAAUGAACAAAAAGAAAAACAAGAACGAUUAAAAAUGGUACAAUAUGCAACAAAUGAUUGUACUUCAGAAGCUGAAUUAUAUUUCCAUAUGUAUCCAGGCAAAUCAAAUGAUCAACAAACACCUCAAACACCACCAGCAACAACACAAACAAUUACAUUACCAGCACCAACAAUAACAUCAACAAAUAUUACAAAAAAUUUUCUAUAUGAAUUAUCCGACAUAAUGGAAGACGAAUUAAUUACAUCAUUAAAACCAAGGUUUAAUAAAAACGAAUAUGCUCCACGUCAAUCAAAUUAUUCACAAGAUGAAUUAAUAAUAACUACAACAGCACAAGAACUUGAUGAACUUAACUCGAAUGAACAACAACAGCAACAACAAUCAACAACCACACAAACAACCACCACAACACUAUCAAAGUCUGAACGGCAACGACAAAAAAACAUGAAAUUAAAAUGGAAACAACGAAAUCGACCCGACUUCCAACAUAAAAUUAAAAGACCGAUAUAUCAUAAAUAUGGGGUGUGGGUGUGGGUGUGGGUGUGUGGGUGUGUGGGUGUGGGUGUGGGUGUGUGGGUGUGGGUGUGUGGGUGUGGGUGUGUCGGUGUGGGUGUGUGGGUGUGGGUGUGGGUGUGGGUAUGCGGUGCUGGUGUGGGUGUGAAGGUGGAUGUGGGGAGUGAAUGAAAAAACAGCAACACUGAAACUCACACCCACACCCACACCCACACCCACACUCACACACCCACACCCACACCCACAUCCCACACCCACACCCACACCCACACUCUUCAAGAAUUACGACAUACACUGAUCGAUGUACUUGUUAGUGUUUUAUUCAUGUAAUAAGGAAAGUAAUAGACUUGAUAGAGUUCUGCGCAGGUUUGAGUUUUGAUACUCGCAGCCGACCCAAAGUCCUCUAGUUCAACCUGAACUCGACCCGAUCCGAGAAAUUCGAUUUGUUUAUUUGACUGUGGUUUAUGAAAUUUUGUAUAUUAUCCAAUUUGAAGCAGUUUUCGACGGGUUUGUUUAGAAUCCACUUUGAACAAUAAGCAAAUAAGUAUUAGAUCUGACAAAAAAAUACUAACUACUGACAAAAACACAGUCUACACUAUGCGAUUCACGGUUACGGCCUGUUAUGUUCUUCUUUUCCAUUACAAGGCGUGAUGUUAGAAGAACAUAAACUUUUAUUUAACACAACAACAACUGACUAUGUAUAACAAUACGCAAGUAUAUAUCACCAAAGAGAAGAAAGAGAAAAAGAAAAGAAAGAAGAUAUAUGUGGACGUGUCAUACUAAGAGUGGAUAGUGAUGAGUGAAUGGCAUGAUUGGCCUUGUAGAGGUCAGAUCAUAACACGGCCACUUGCGUGCUAGACAGUUGCCCGCCGGACAGAUAUCCGCAAGACAGUUGCCUGUGUGAUACGUACCCGUAAUGGACAAUGUUGAGGGUGAGGCUGCGCGCAAGCAUCAUACGGACAAGUGUCUUGCGGGCAUCUGUCCGGCGAGCAUAUGUUCUGUGGGCAAGUGGUCUAGAUUCUGCGAUUCAAUACUGAUUUGAGCGAUCUGAUUGGUAUUUCAAAGUAGCGACAUCAAUCGGAUUCUUUAAUUUCGUAUAAAAUUGCAUAAUGUUGGUACUACUUCUCAGCUUGAUUAAUGAUCGAAUGAGACCAAAUAUGUGCGUUGCCGAAUGCCACAUGUUUUGCGUCUUUUAUCUAAAUUAAUAUGGAGAAUCUUCGAGUCUCAAUAGAAUAAAGAGACUAGGUAAAUGUCCGUUUGUCUAGCCCAGGUGAAAGUUUUGAGACUUAACUCAAUAAACACAAAUAUAUCAUAAAGAAGGCGUUAAAAUCUUGUCUUUGUGACAAUAUAUGUCUCUUUAAAAAAACCUACAACACAGCUCAACGGAGACUGAUUUUCUCUAUUUACCAAGAUCCAAGUUAUGUCUAACUCAUCAAAAAAUACAACGACUAACAAUGGGACAUUUGCUAUUGCAUCGUUUAUUUCAGUGUUUUUUUGGCUGAGGACACGCAUUAUGUAGAGAAGGUCAAAAG